AUAUAUCGAGACAUAUACAUCGAGUUUAUUUAACUUUGAACCGAUCAACUUUAGUUUAUUUUUACUAUUUGACUCUAAAAAUAACGUAUAUUAAAUUAUAUAUAAUCGUACUAAAAUAUAUUUACAAACCUAAGAUAAAAUCAAAUAUAUGCAGAUAAAAAAUUAAUCAGAUUUAAUCUAUAGAACAAAAAUACUAUGCUUGAAUAAGAAAAGUAGAUGUUAUCCAAUAUAUUCAAAUAAUAACUAAACAGACAAGAUAUUAUAUAUUAAAAAUCAUACAUCUAAUUAAAUAAAUAAUAUUGUUAAAAUAAAUCAUGAAUAUUAAUUACAAUAUAAAUUAAAAUAAUUUAAAAAAAAAUAAUUAAUAAUUUAUUUACUUUGUAAAUAUUUAUAUGAAAAAAACACAUAGUUUUAGUGUAAAAUAAUACAUAUGUAGAUGUAUAAGUACAAUCUUUGAUUAUAGUUUCAUCUAAAUACUUAUGGGUUACUUUAAGAACAUAUGUUAACAAUAAAACAUUUUAUUGUUCAUUUAUAGUCAGUAUAUGUUUUGUCUAACCAUUUUAAUAUUUUGAUAUAAGCUUUAAGUACAAAUAAAUACAUAUAGUUUCUUGAAAACAAAUAAAUGGUGUUUCAAGUACAAAAUUACGAUCAAAAUCAUAUCAAAAUGUAUUCCUUACCAGAUAAUAUUUUAUCAUUGGUGUCAAAUGUUAUUUCUUUUUGGAAAAUAUCUUGUCAAAAUAUUGUUUGCUAUUUCAUACUGUCUUUUCAGUGUUUAUUGGUUAUAAAUAUAGAUUAUUAUUAUGACUGAAUAUUCAUUAGUCUUAGUGAAAAUAACUUAAUAAAUGAUAUUUAUUUUAUUUCAUGUUUUAUAAAUUUUAUUAACUUAUAUUUUUAUUAGAUGAAUCCAAAAGUUUUUUAAUAAUAAACUCGUAAUAUGAGGUUUCUCACACAUGUAAAUAAUUUUUUUUAGUGUAAUAGAACUUUAGAACUUUAUUUUUUAUGGUUUAUACUAAUGCAUUCAUUUGCUAUUUAUAAUUUACUGGGAAUUUUUUGUUUCAAUUUGUAGUGUCAAACCUAUUUUAUUUAGAUUUUAAAUUUAUUAUAAUCAGUUUUAGAUUAAUAAAAUCCUAAAACAUCAUAUGCAAUAUGUUUUAUACUAAAAUAUGUGUAUGGUUGUUCUGUUCUAUAAAAAAAUUAUAUUAUUAUUUGCUCUUGUAAUAUCAACACGUAUAUAAGAAAUUGUACAAUAAAUAUGAGAUGUGAAAUAUACAGAAAAAGUAGGUAACAAAUAUUUAAUUAUGGACAUGAACUACACUUAUUGUUUAGUGUAAAACUGAUUCAUAUAUAGUAUAUAAGGAAAAACUUUUGAUUUUAGUUUCAUAUAAAUAAUUACGGGUAUAGUAUAUUUUUAAUAUCUUGAGAUAAACUGCGUGGAAAAAGAAAAUACAUAUAGUUGCUUCAAAAACAAACAAAUGGUGUUUCAGCUACAAGAUUACGGCCAAAACCGUACUCCCCAAUGCUAUCCUUAACAAAUCUAAUCUAUCAAAGCCAGUUUUUUACAACCAAUUAAAACAUAGAAUCAAAGGCUUUGUGUCGGAAAAUAUAAAUUCAUAAAAGAUCAUCUUCUAGACAUCCAAAAUGAUAUUGAAUUUACCAUUAGAGUAUAUGAAAACUUGAAUGACUAGUUAUCUUGAUAUUUCACAUUUAAGUAUCUUAUAUAUUGAAUUAAUAUUUUGUUAUCUUUGAACAAGGAUUUUGUCAAGUUUUAUCAAAAUAACUUGGGUUUCCUAAUGUUUUAUGGAUCUUUAUUAAUAUCUUGUAAUUAGUACAAAAUGUAUAAUAAUGUCAGUUUGGCCUUUUUGACAUACAACAACAUAUAUCAGAAAUACAUUUGCCAACUAACUAAAUGUUUAUAACUCCACAAAACCUCUUACAUCAUGUGAUCCUUGAUUACACGGAUCGUAGCAUUUUUUGUAGUUUUGUUUUAUUCCAAAAAAAAAGUAUGAAGAUGUAAAAAAAAAGAUUAUAAAGGUGUUCAAAAAAAGUUUUACUCCAAAUCUAUUUUAAAUCAGAUUAUUGCAGUGUUAAAAUUAUAAAAUGAUUAAGACGUGAGUAUAAGUAAAGGUAAAUAGUAAACUGAUAUUAUUUAAGUGUCCGGGGAACAAGAGCAUUAAAUAUUAUGAAGAAAAUAGUGAAAACAAAUGCGAUCAAUAUGUUUUCGAAUAUAUUUAUUCUAUAUAAAACUAGAUCAUUAUCUGCGCUGCGGUUUUUUUAUAUAUUUUUGUUUAUUUAUAAGAUUUAUUUUUAUUUUUAUUAAAUUAAAUUAAAUCAUUUGCACGUAUUGUAAACAUAAUAUUUUAAAACACAAAUUUAUAUUAACAUUCACAUCAUAACUAUUGUUGUAGAAACUAACUAAAUGGUUCUGUUUUAAUUUUCGAAAUUUUGGUUCAUUUAAAUUAACAAAAAGUUCUGAACUAUAAAACAAAAACUAUUUUGAGUUCGUUUUUUUUCAGUAAUUUUAUGUUUCUAUAGUUUAAGUAAAUUUUGGAAGGUUGUCGAACAUAACUUACGAAAAAGAAAGUAAAAUUGUCACUUGAAGUCUUGAAUAUUAAAUUUCAACGAUUUAUAUAUAUGUGUGUAUAUAUUUGUGGAUGUAGUAUUUAGAUUAAUUAAAUGGUCCUCAUCGAGAGGAAUACCUUCUUCACAUUUUUUGGGACUAAAGAUUCUUCCAAGUAGGAAAUUGAUAUCAAACCGGCCAUCUUUAUUAGCAGCCAUGUAAGCUACAUCAUUGAUAUGUGGAUGGUCAUAGACAUCAUGAGUCUCAACAACACACAGAUUCCACUAUCUCGUCCUGCAAUAAACUCAACAAAACCUCUCUUUAGCUACUCAUUCAUUGCACAAGACAAUCUUCACAUCAAAGAUGAAAAUUAAAACUCACAACUUGAAACCGGCAUGGUUGGAUGCGCUUUACGCAGAGAAAUUCUUCGUGGGAUGUCCGUACCAUGAGACGGCAAAGAAAAACGAGAAGAACGUGUGUUGUCUUGAUUGUUGCAUCAGUCUCUGUCCUCACUGUGUACCCUCACAUAGAUAUCACAGACUCCUUCAGGUUCGCCGCUAUGUGUAUCACGAGGUUAUUCGGCUUGAAGAUCUUCAGAAACUCAUCGACUGCUCUAACGUUCAAGCUUAUACAAUAAAUAGUGCCAAAGUGGUGUUCAUCAAGAAGAGACCACAGAAUCGACAAUUCAAAGGAGCUGGUAACUACUGCACUUCAUGUGACCGAAGUCUUCAAGAACCUUUUAUACAUUGCUCAUUGGGCUGUAAGGUGGAGUUCGUGAUGAAACGUUACAGGGAUAUAACUCCAUUCAUAAAGCCAUGUCACACUCUUACCCUAGGUCCUGACUACAUCAUCCCACAAGACUUACACGCAGAUGAUAAUAUGGCUGCCUACGAGACUCCACGAUCAACGGUCGUAGACGGUGAUGAUUCCAUGGGCUGGUCGUCGACUUCCUCCGAACUAGGAGAUGCUGCGACCACCACCCAUGUCGUUAGGAAAAAGCGAACUGGUUUCUGCUUCUGUGCCAAAUCGGCUAAUAGUUAUAAAAUAGUUUCGGAGGAUCCUGACGAUAUUUCCAAUUGCAUCAAUCGGCGCAAAGGCAUUCCUCAACGAUCUCCUCUCUGUUAAAGUUCUCUUUUAAGUUUUGCUUUUGUUUUUUAAAAUCUCUUUUUAGUUUAUUUUCACCAUAUAGUCUCGUGUUACAUGUAUGGAUUGCUGUCUCUCAAUCUAAUAAAGUUUAUAAUCACUCAUUUAUUGUUA